AUUGAUAACGCUGAGAUACCAGUAUCUUACCUGAUCAUAUUACCACAGGCAGCACCGCGGGACGCUUUGUAAUACAGAUACGGCAUCAAAACAUAUGGAUGGGCACACGUACAAUACUGGCUCUCCAUUAUAAAGACACAAGGACAACGUUAACACUGAUCGAAUAGGAAAUAGAAGAUCUGCACUUUCUGGGGACUGAAUCAAGGACUUUUAAGAGAUUUCAACAAAAGAGGAAAGACAGGCGCGGUCACGAACUGGACGCUUCAGACAGAGAGCUAGGUGGAGAUCACUUAAUUGGAUACUUUCAGAAUUGAAACGAUCCUCGAUCACGUAGAAACUGCCACUGAGAUUUUCCCAAACGCUGCCGGUGGCGCCUGAUCAACUUGGCUGACAAAACACUGUGUGGUUGGAUAACGGAACAGGACGGAGGGGAAAUAAAGGAGGCACUACAUGGUGCCAAUAUCUUAUUUUUCCACCUGAGGACUUUCAUCAUCUUUAAGGACAUAAUUAUUGUGACCUGACAUCAUCAGAUUAGCGCUGCCUAGCGCUUCUGGAUAUUGAUAACGGAAAGGGCUGGAGACGAAACCUUCUGGGGCCAUCGCUCGCUUACUGGACCAAAGUUAACCGUCACUUUCUUGGCCAGGUGCACGAGGAGAGUAACACAAUUUCAGUAGAUUUAGGAGGACUCUCGGGGAGAACUAACGACAAGAGAAAAGGCCAAAUCAUGAUAUUUGCUGCACUGAUUCCUGUAAUAUUUGCUCAGAUUGCCUCAUCCGGCGGUGAGAGUGAGACUUACUGCCUCGACAGCUACGGGAACUUGACACAUGAUGACUUCAUCACUUGGACCUGCUCAAACUGUGUCCCGAUCCUCUUCUUCAAGAAUGAUCUGCCCAUCCAAGCCAACUUCAAUGUAGGACCGAAUCUCUUCCUCAAAGCGAAUAUCAGCGUGCAGUAUACGCCAACAGUAAAUGACCCUCCGAAUGUAGAGGUGUGCGAAAAGUACCUUACACCUGAUCAAUGUGCGCAGUGGUAUGAGUGUUGCGCGGCAGCGAAACAAUGCUGUGAGGUCCAGCUGCAGAAACCAGUUCAAAUAGCAGAGAAUACUGAUUUCUGUCCGGCAGUUUGGGACGGUGUGGACUGUUGGUCUGCAGCCAAGGCGUCGACACUCUCACGUCAUGAGUGCCCAAGCUACUACGUCGAUGACGACCUUGUCUCGUCGGAACCGAUAUCAACCAAGAUAUGCUCCGCAGGGGGACACUGGUACUCUAGGCCAAAUUCCUCUGGCCGGGCAUGGACCAAUUACACGAACUGCUUUUAUAAGAAAGACCAGACUGCCAUCCUGCUUAGCAGUAUCUACGUGAGCUUCGCUUUCCAUCUCUUCAGCUUAGCAUCACUAGUAAUCGCCGUGGCACUUUAUGCAGUCUUUAGGUCCUAUCUCCGACGUGAUGAGAAGGGUCGGUGUAAAUUCAAUCUGAAUAUCAACCUGUUCAUAGCAUUCAUCUUCAUGGGCUUAGCUACCAUUAUAUAUGAGCCCAUCUAUUAUCUUGACGCCAUCGUAAACUUGGAGGACAACCGCCUGGAUGAAAAUACAAUAGAGUGCAGAGUCCUCAAGGUCCUAAUCUGGUAUUUCCGAAGUGCCACGUACUGGUGGUUAUUCUGUGAAGGGCUGUACCUACGAGAGGUGCUCAUAAAUCCCAUCGGAGGCAACAAGUCCAUGCUCAAACACAUCAUUAUUGGAUGGGGACUUCCUUUCCCACCAACGAUAGCAUGGGUGGUGGCAAGAGUGAUGACAGCCAACGAACGCUGUUGGAGUGGUACAGCUUCGGCCCACCUUGACUACAUUGUGGUCGUUCCCAACCUGUUGGCACUCUUGUUGAAUCUGAUAUUACUGAUCACCGUCCAAGUGGAACUGAUGAGGCAUUUUGCUGACACAAAUGAUGACGAUGUGGUAGAUUUAGUAAGACAAGGGAUCAAAGUGACAUUCAGUUUGAUACCAGUGUUUGGAGUCCAGAUUCUUGUCCUCAGCUACCGGCCUGAGGACUGGUUACCAUACGACAUCAUCGCCAACAUUGUGGUCGGGAUCCAGGGGUUCCUGGUGGCGCUUAUGUACUGUUUUCUUACGAAAGAGAUUCGCAAUGCCUACCAGCGGUACAAACGUCAUGCAAGGAUCUCCAUAUCAAAGAGCAGUAGCAAAGGCACACAAUCCUCAAGACUCAGUACAUCCAUUGCAGGUUCCUCCAGUGGCAGAAAUGCCUCCGUUCCAGACUCAUUCCCAAUGCAGAACACUAGUGGGGGAACAACACAGAAUGAGCCCAGAAAUUCAAGUGUAUGGUACAUUCAGGAAGCCCAGAGUGCUGGGAACCAGAAUACUGUGAUUGCACUAUAGUGAUGGGCUUAACCUAAAACCAAGUACGAGUAUUUGCAACCCUUGUACCACAAUCACCAUUCAAACUUGAAAUCAUGUUUAUGACUAAUCACGGUUGUUGUCGCAUUUGAAAUUCAUCAAGUAAAUGGAAGGGGUGAUGGGUAAUUACAUAAACUGUAAUGAACACCCCUUCUAUAUCCCUGAACAACAGCAAAAGCAGUCAAUGUCAUUAGUUACGCAUGAAUUGUGCACGAAAACAUGUUUUUAGGCUUGAAUGAGAACGAUGGACAUGGUUGUGAUACUUCUUAGUUUAUGGAAGAGGAUGCAGAGCUGAUGAGCUCAGGUAAAAUUGGAUUCUAAGUAACAAUAUACCUCUAUUUAUUUACCAUAUGUUUAUAGCGAAUUAGUGACGAAUUGUCUCCUGAAUAUAGUGAAGAUGUGACAGAGAUUGCAGGAACUAAACUCUGCAUUACCUGAUGCACAAAGAGAACCUCUACCUGAAAUGCUGAAGGAUUAAAUGUGGCCUGUACAGUCUACUUUUAUAGUGCAAGCCCAGGUUUAAUGUAACAUCAAGUUGCCACUGCAACUCUCCGAAUUAAUUAUAAUAAUUAUUCACAUAUUUUGUAAGGCCGGGUUUACAUAUGAUUCGACAAGUGACAACAUGAAUCGUAUACCCAGCCUUACAAAAAAAAUGUGUAAUUAUUUUACAUAAUAAAAAGUCACAUAAUUUGCAGCCGCUGAUGGCUGUUUUUGGAGUUCAGUUCCCAUCAAUGUUGACAUAAGUCAUAUAUAUUUAUGUACAAAACAAAUGUAUAGUAAAUUCCCAUAUAUAUUGGCUCUUAUGAAUAAAUUAUUUUUAUCAAUGCAUGCUUUUUGUUUUUAAAACAACUCAACAGGAUAAG